AUGAAUCAGACAGGCUCACAUGCAAAUGAUAUUGGCCUUAUAUGUUCACGAUUCACCGGGUUCAGGCUGGUGAAUGGCAGCACACAUUGCUCGGGGAGAGUGGAGGUCCAAGUGCUUGGUGCCUGGGGCACCCUCUGCGACUCGCGCUGGGAUUUAUCUGAUGCCCACGUUCUCUGUCGUCAGCUCGACUGCGGAUUUGCUGUGUCUGCUCUAGGAGGAGGGCAUUUUGGGAAAGGAACUGGCCCUGUCUGGAAAGACACAUUCCACUGUAAUGGGACUGAACCCCAUUUGUGGCACUGCCCGGUUACUGCCUUGGGGGCCCCUCAGUGCUUGCAUGACCGUGAUGUUGGUGUGAUUUGCUCAGGUGAGUGGGAAGCCACUAGAAGCAUGCAGGUGUACAUGCCCUCUAGAAAACAGUCGUAUUCAAUGCAUUUUCCAUCUCCCCCGAGGCCAGGUCGCUCUGAAUCACUCAUACUGUUGAAUGGAGAGAGCUGGUGUGAUGGGCGAGUCGAGAUUUCCCUCGGUGGAACAUGGAGCAGAGUCCUGGAUGAUCAGUGGGACAUGAAUGAUGCCAGCGUGGUGUGCAGGCAGCUCCAGUGUGGAGAUGCUGAGAAAGCCUAUCACCCUGUGAAGUCGAAGCGAGGGACGGGUCCUGUGGGUUUUCGAAGUGUCCAGUGUGCAGGACAUGAGCCUAAUCUGAUGCUCUGUAACACCUCCCUGUCUGACACGGUGGAGGCAGGAAUUGCUGAAGAUGUCAGUGUUGUUUGCUCAGGAAGCAGGAAGAUCAGACUGGUGAAUGGGGCAGGUCGCUGUGCUGGGAGAGUGGAGGUUUAUUACCAGGGCACCUGGGGGACCAUCUGUGAUGAUUCCUGGGACUUGUCUGAUGCCAGCAUAGUUUGCAAACAACUGAAAUGUGGACACGCCAUUGAGGCAUCUGCCUCUGCUCGAUAUGGGGAAGGCUCAGGGCAGAUCUGGAUGGAUGAUGUGAACUGCUCUGGGAAUGAGUCGGAGCUGUGGGCAUGUCCUUCCAGGAGCUGGGGCCAACACAACUGUCGACACAAAGAGGAUGCAGGAGUGCUCUGUUCAGAAUUCAUGGAUCUACGGCUGGUGAAUGGUGGACGGCUGGAGGACGGCUGUGCUGGACGGCUGGAGGUUUUCUACAAUGGGACCUGGGGGAGUGUUUGCUACAAUCAAAUGACUCAAGCCACUGUUGAAAUUAUAUGUAAACAGCUGAGCUGUGGAGUUGGAGGUGCAUUUGCAAAAGAGUUUGCAUAUGGAGAAGGUUCUGGUCCCACAUGGCUAGACCACAUUGAGUGUCGUGAGCAUCACAGCUCUCUUUGGCAGUGCCCAUCAGAGUCAUGGGAUCUUCAGUCAUGUGAUAACCGGAUAGAAGAGACGCACAUUUCUUGCAGUGGAACAAAAGAAAAUAGAACACAAAACUCAUUUGCUGCGUGCCCAGGCUCUACAAACUGCACAGACAAGGAAAAGCUCCGCGUUGUGGGAGGAGAGGACGGAUGCUCGGGGAGAGUGGAGGUUUGGCACCGUGGCUCCUGGGGAACGGUGUGUGAUGAUUUCUGGGACAUGGCGGAUGCGGAUGUUGUGUGUAGACAACUGGGCUGUGGACCUGCUGUGUCUGCCCUGGGUGAGGCUGCAUUUGAGGAAGGGACUGGCCCUAUUUGGGUUGAGAAGUUGGACUGUCGAGGGACAGAAUCAUCUCUGUGGCACUGUCCUGCCAAGGCCUGGGAGGACAGUAACUGCCAUCAUAAGGAAGAUGCUGCUGUAAAUUGCUCUGGUGCGAUAGAAAUGAUAUCUUCCCCUACGGGAACAGAUCCACCUCGAACAGACAGUGGGAGAAACAUGGUGCCCAUUGUUAUCUGCAUUAUUCUGGGGGUCCUUCUCUGCUUGGUCUUAAUCAUUCUGGCUGUGCAGGUGCGAAAUGCCAGAGCACAGAAGAGAGCAUCCAAAAAAUUCAUGAAGCCCGUCUCUGAGGCUGUGUAUGAAGAGCUUGAUUACAGCCCAAUGAAGGAGAAAUACGAAUUAUUUGUUCAUUCAGAUGCUCCUGUCACAUCUGAAGGUUCCACAGGAAUUUACUAUGAUGAUGCCAAAGAAGUCCAUGACCCUGAAAAAGUUCUUGCAUCUAGGCAGAAUACAGAGGAAGCCACAGGGACCUCUGACAAAAGUGAGAGAAGCCAGGAUUCACAGAUAGAGGCCUCUGUACUGCCCAGAGAUGCCACCAGUGAUGGUUAUGAUGAUGCUGGUGAAAUUUCUGAUCCAGAACACAGUUCUGCUUUUCACCACAAUUAUGAGGAAAUCAGUGAAGUCCCAGAGGAAAGUGAUGGGAGAAGGGAUUCACUGACAGGUUGGAGUCUGCACUCUCUAAGAACUGAAGGGACCUCUGGAGCUGACAGAAAAGAUCCCUUCCUGCCUCCUGGGGACAUAGACUAUGAUGAUGUUGAAGAUGGCUUCGCUGGUACAUUGAUAUAAGAAUGUCUGUGUUUAGCACAAAAGCCCUGUGAGGACAUAAAUGCUGUAUAAAUAGAUGACUCUUCUCUGAAAUGCCAACUGGGCCAAAGAGUCAUGAGAGACAGUCCCUGCAUAGCAC